AUUAGAUUAGGUCACUAAAGUUUAGUCCCAAUUAAAAACAUCCUCUUGGUUUCUACAAAAAAACAUCCUCUUGGUGAUGUGAUUUUUGUUUUUCUGCGGACCAAGAUGUGGUUCCGAAACUCAUUUGUUUAUUUAAAAUAAAGCAGCUCAUAAAUUGAAAUAUAUUGAUCAUAGAAAUAUACUCCGUAUUUAAAGCAAUUUGCACUUGAAUAAACCCUAGCUAAGCUUGGCUUGUGAUCAAUAUCGAUAUAUCCAGCCCCGCCUCCAACGAAUAGAAAGCUGUGCAACCGCUUGUCCAUGUUCUCAGUCACCAUGGAAAGAAUAGAGUGGUCGGAAAUUGUAUGGACUUGUUUGCUCCUUCUGGCAUCCGUGGUCGAGACUAUUACGGUGAUGGCAAUCUUCGGGUGGAAUUUGGCGGUGCUGUUUUUCUUUGUAGGGGGCGUUGGAGUGUUCAAGUGUUCGAUGAUAGUUCUGAAUCUGUAUGACAGGCCGGGCGAAGAAUACAAGUGGGCAGGGAGGGGAACCAAAUGCGCAGAGCAGAUUUUCUCCGAGGCUUUUGCCAUUGCACUGCGCUGCAUUUUACCACUUAACAUCGGAUACGCAGUGAUAUUGGCGUGUUGGAGUCUGUACUACUACGGAUGGCGUCGCGUGUACCUGCGCCAUUAUGACAUCGGAGCUUGGGAAGUGUUCGUGUCCGUUCCAAUGCAGCUUUUUAUGUAUUCAUGUUUGUCACCUUAUGAUACUGGUAAUGAUCAUGAUAACGGGUUGUCUGGUUUAACGGCUCUAUACGGCUUAGUGCUUCCCGUGCUGCGAUACUACUCCUAUGCUGCCCCUGAACUGCUGCCCUCUCUUUCCAAAGAGUUACUAGUUUGAUAUCAUGUGCGGAGCUUGGUAGAUAGAUGGUUAUUUGUUUAUUUAUUUGUCCAUCCAAUUUAUGUGCUUGUAUGCUAAGAACAAGAAGACUACCUGCUUUUUGUCUUCCAUUAUAUUCUGAAUCUCUAUUACUCGUAUUGUAUUAUUGUAUAGUACCAAGUCUACGUUCAUGUUCACUUUUCCUCAUCCUUGGUUUAAAUGCACCUCGUAGUUAGUCCAA